UAGAGUGCAGAGCUUUAUCCAUCAACCCGUUGUCACAGAGAAGGACCCAUUACUAUCUACAGAGAGAAGGAUUUUUAUAUAUUGCCAAUCUUCUAAUCCAACUUUUGGUAGAAGAAUGAGAAGCAAGUUACAUUUGCAAUGAGUUUCUCCAGGUUUCUAGUUUUCCUUUCCCUCAUACAAUGUUCACUACAGUCAUCAGUUACUUUUACAUUAAGAGGAAAUGCCAAUGGACAACCUUGUGUGUUCCCUUUCAAAUACAAAGAGAAGCAGUACAAUGAGUGCACAGAUGCUGGCAGGUCAGAUGGGCUCCUCUGGUGUGCAACAACUGCAGAUUUUGAUGCUGAUGAACUGUACGGGUUUUGCCCACUAAUAAACGACACAGAAAAAUUUUGGACAGAAGAUGUUUCAACCGGCACUCACUAUCAGAUAAACUCAGAAUCAGCUCUAACAUGGCACCAAGCAAGGAAAAGCUGUCAGCAGCAAAAUGCAGAACUGCUAAGCAUUACAGGGACUCAUGAACAAGCAUAUAUAGGAGAGCUAACUAAAGAAUUUGGUUUUCCCUUCUGGAUUGGAUUGAAUGCUUUGGAUUUCAACAGUGGAUGGCAAUGGGCUGGGGAAAGCCCUUUCAGAUAUUUAAACUGGGCUCCAGGAAGUCCUUUCCUGCUCCCUGGGAAAAUCUGUGGGCUGUUGAAUCCAAGAAAGAAUGCUAAAUGGGAAAACCAAGCAUGCAACCACAGACUAGGCUACAUUUGUAAAAAAGGAUCCUUCAGUUCAAAGCCUGACAUUAUGCCCAAAGGGGAAUUGAGGCCUGUUCAGUGCACAGAUGGCUGGUGGCCAUACACAGGUCACUGCUACAGCAUUCACCGGGACCCCAAAACAUGGGAAGAUGCUCUGUAUUCAUGUAAAAAGCAAGAUGGAGAUUUGGCAAGCAUCCACAACAUUGCAGAAUUCAGCUUUCUAGUGUCACAGCUUGGUUACAAGCCAACAGAAGAGCUGUGGCUGGGUCUGAAUGACCUGAAGGUUCACUUCUACUUUGAGUGGAGUGACGGGACUCCUGUGACGUUCACCAAAUGGCAGCGCAGGCAUCCCAUCCACACGAGUGGUCAGGAGGAGUGCGUAGCUAUGAAGGGGCAGGAUGGAUACUGGGCAACUGAUGUUUGUUAUAAGCAACUUGGUUACAUCUGUAAAAAGAAGCCUUCAUCACAAUCCUCUGAAAAAGAGAUAAUUGAAGACCCAGGCUGCCAGAAAGGUUGGAAAAGAUAUGGUUUUCACUGUUACUUGGUGGGUUCUGCACUUUUGACAUUCUCAGAAGCAAAUAAGACAUGUGAACAGAGCAAAGCUUAUCUAGCAACAGUGGAAAGCAGAAAUGAACAAACAUUUCUGAUUAGUCUGACGGGGCUGAGGUCUGAAAAAUAUUUUUGGAUUGGUCUCUCUGACACAGAAGAAGGAGGGAGUUUCAGGUGGACCAAUGGAGAAACUCCUCAGUUCACACACUGGAACACAGCCAUGCCAGUGAAAGAGCGAGGCUGUGUUGUCAUGGGAACUGGAAUUGCAGCUGGAUUAUGGGAUGUCGUUAGCUGUGAGAAGACAUCAAAUUAUCUCUGCAAACAGCGGGCAGCAGGAGUGCCACCUCCUGCUCCUCCAGAACAGGUCCCUGUGGCCACGUGUGCCGAAGGCUGGGACAGAGCCGCCCAGGCAGACUCAUGCCUCAAAUUUUUUGUGAGAGAGGGAAACCAAAAGAAGUCUUGGUUUGAAGCUGAAGAAUUCUGUAGAGAAAUAGGUGGAAAUCUGGUCACAAUCAAUACAAGAGAAGACCAAAUUUUAUUAUGGCAAUUAGCUUCGGAUAAAGGACUGAACACUCAGGCUUUCUGGAUCGGUUUGUUUCUCUUAAAUCCUGAUGAAGGUUUUGCCUGGAUUGAUGGCUCCCCUGUAAUUUAUGAGAAUUGGGAGGAAAAUGAACCCAACAACUAUGAAGAACUUGAACAUUGUGUUAUGUUCAAUAGAUCACCCAAAAUGCACUGGAACGACUUGCGCUGUGACCAUUUACUUAAUUGGAUUUGUGAAACAAAAAAAGGUACAUUGAUAAAGCCUGAAGCAAACUACAAACUUGACUAUCAACUCACCAGUGAUGGAUGGAUUAUAUAUGAAAAUAAGCAGUACUAUUUCAGCAAAGAGCAUGUCCACAUGGAAGAAGCACGGAGAAUUUGUCGUAAGAACUUCGCAGAUCUUGUUGUCAUUGAGAAAGAAAGCAAAAGACGAUUUCUGUGGCAAUAUAUGUACACAAAACACAGAGGAAAAUCAUAUUUCAUUGGCUUAGUUGUCAGCUUUGAUCAGAGAUUCAGAUGGCUGGAUGACACCCCAGUGAAUUAUGUUGCCUGGGCUCCCAAUGAACCCAAUUUUGCAAAUAAUGAUGAAAAUUGUGUGAUAAUGUCAAACGAUUUUGGCUUUUGGAAAGACAUAAGUUGUGCUUUGAAAAAUGCCUUUAUCUGUGAAAGGCACAAUUCAACUUACUCAGGAUUUGCUCCUACUGUACUUCCACUUCUGGGAGGAUGUCCUGAAACUUGGCUUUUGUUUAACAAUAAGUGUUACAAAAUAUUUGGAUCCAGUGAAGAAGAUAAACUAACUUGGCACUCAGCAAGAAGUGUUUGUAGAGAAUUAGGGGGAAAUUUGGCCUCUAUACACAAUAAUCAAGUGCAAGCUUUCCUCACCUUCCACCUAAAGGAUGUUGACAGCGAAACAUGGAUUGGGCUGAAUGACAUUAACAGUGAGGGUAAAUAUCUUUGGACAGAUGGAAGCAUUUUUGACUAUUCAAACUGGGCCCGAGGAUUCCCAUUCAGAGACAUAGUCCAAGUGGUUGACUGGAAAUAUGUUACAAUACAGACCGAUUGUAUUUCAAUGACAAAAAGAUCUGUAGAUAAUGCAGGAUUAUGGGAAAACAGUGACUGCCAGCAUAAAAAAAGCUAUAUUUGCCAGAUGGACAGCGAGCCUGAACUGUUUCACCCCACAAGUGCUCCAGAUUUCAAUUUUGUCCAUUAUGAUAACAGCAGCUAUUUAAUCAUUCCUUCUAAAAUGAAUUGGGAAGAAGCAAGAAAAGCAUGCCAGGAGAAAUCUUCAGAGCUUGCCAGUAUUUUUGAUUAUUACAGUAAUAUAUUCUUGCUGCUGCAAGCAGUACAGUAUGGAGAGCCCUUAUGGAUUGGGCUCAACAGCAACAUGAGUUACGGAUAUUAUAUAUGGACCAAUAAAAGGAAACUGAAUUUUUCUGAGUGGGACUAUGGAGAACCAAAACAGAAAAUAGCCUGUGUCUAUCUAGCACUCUCUGGGAGUUGGAAAACAGCACGUUGUGAUGAGAAACAUCUUCCUGUCUGCAAAAAAUCUGAGGAUGUACUUCCUUCUGAUCUCCCUCAGGAUAUUGGACAAUGUCCUGAAUCCGAUCACAUAUCUUGGAUUCCUUUCCGAAGCCACUGCUAUAACUUCAAUGCCAAUGAAAUGAGCUGGGCUCAGUCUGUCACUCAGUGCAUUCAAUCAGGUGGUAUGUUGACUUCUGUAGCAGAUCUGGAUGAAUCAAACUUUUUAAUAGAACAUGCAGAUUUAUAUGCAAGCAAGACAAGCGGCUUUUGGAUAGGAAUAUACAGAAAUGUAAAUGGGCUGCUGCUUUGGCAGGACAGCAGUCCCUUAGACUUUGUCAACUGGGCUGACGGGCAGCCCUCGGGGGACGAGCUGGCUUUCUGCGUGGAGCUGUCUGCGGCCACCGGCUACUGGAAUGUCCUGCCCUGCUCUUCCCAAAAGGGCUUCAUUUGUAAGAAACCAAAGAUAAACCCUUCAAUGCUUUACAACCAGCCCCCUGCAACUCCAGCCCAGCUGCCGAGAAAAGCCUUGCAGACGGCGCCCUCUGCGCACAGCCGGGAAAAGCUGCACAAGAAAGCUUCAGUUCAUACGUCUAUUCUUAAAGCAGCUGGAAAUGUGGAAGAUGCCGAAAAGGACAAAGCCAGUGGUCACCUGAAUAUGUGGAUACUACUUACUCUGGUCCUCAUAAUUUUAUUGGGGGUGGGCUUCAUGAUUUAUUUCUUGUUCAAGAUCAAAACUGGAGGUGGAACUGGAAGAGAGGUGAGGCGGAGCAGCAGGCAGCUGGAAUACAGCCGUGCCCUGACUGCAGGGGACAGUGGAAUUGAUGCUAGUAACAACAGAGGAGAAAAUGAACACAGUGUUGUCUGAUGGGAUAUCACAGCCCAAUUAAAUGGUUAAGCUGAAAAAAAAAUAUAGCUGAACUAAAGGAAACCUUAGUCUCUUUUAAGUGCAUGUAACUUCUGAAGUAAAAUUGGCAGUUACUCCUUUGGUAAAGAUUAGGAACUAUUGCUGUAUGCUCCUCAAUAAAUACUCUCAGGUAUUUAUUAGUACUGUACGAAAUUAGUACAACUAAUUAAGCAAGCAUAGAAAAAAACAGAACUAGUGGGAAUUUAGAUUUAAAAGAUAUGGGUUACUUAUUUAGGAAUUUGUGACAGCAUUACAUGCAGAGUCAAGACUAACACUGAGCACUCAGCCCUAAUGCCUGCACUUUGAGAGUAUCUCACCAUACAGUUCAGAAGCAUGCACACUGUUACUUAAGUGAUAUUUGGAAUAAGCAGAUUUACAUGAAUUGUUUGUCCCCAUUGCUGCCCUUGCCUUAUACCCUUUACUCAGUAUCUUCCUUGUGAUAGUAUUAUAAGUGAAAUGCAAAUACUUGUCCUUCAUUCAUGGCUUCAACUUGGACUUUGCAAAACAAAUAAAUCUGCAUAGAGUUUUA